UAAGACUAACAAUCACAAACAGUGGACACGGCUACGAUUUAGUACAAUUUUAUAUUUAAAUGUUAGAAAUUUGAAAAAACGUUAGUGAUAAUGUUGUUUAUAUUGGUAACGUUAGCUUUAUUCGCACAAGUAUUUUCUAAACCCUACUUAACUGAACACUUUGAUUACGAUACAUUCACAUUCAAAACAAGAAGCGAUUGGGGCGCCAAACCAGCGACUAGCGUCAGACCACUGACUCUGCCUGUCCCUUACGUCAUUAUCCAUCACAGCUACAGCCCACCUGCAUGUCAAACAUCAGACCAAUGCAAGGAAGCAAUGCGUUCAAUGCAGGAGUUCCAUCAAGUUACAAGAAAUUGGGUUGAUAUUGGUUACAAUUUCGCAGUGGGAGGGGAUGGCGUAGUGUACGAAGGUCGGGGCUGGACUAACAUUGGCGCACAUGCCUCAGAAUAUAACUCGGUCAGCAUUGGUAUCGUGCUGAUAGGAGAUUGGGUCUCUUCAGUUCCACCAGCCCAUCAGCUUCAAACUGCGAAAAAGCUGAUAGCAAAAGGCGUUGAGUUGGGCUACAUCAGUCGUGACUACAAACUGAUUGGACAUAGACAAGUGAAGGAAACAGAAUGCCCUGGACAAGCGCUAUUCAAUGAAAUCUCAACGUGGGACAGAUUUGAUUCUAAUUUCAAAAGAAAAAGUUGAUUGAAAACUCUAUUAGGGUUAAUAGUUAAAAAUUAACAAUUAUAGUAAUUU